CACCCUUUUCCGACGCAUGUAGCACCCUCUUAAGAGCUAGCCAGGAGAAACAAUAGUCGUUAACCCAGUACCUCCCAGCGCUAGCGGUUAAUCAUUUGCAAGUUCAACCAUGGCUUACAACAGAUAUCCCGAUGACGAUGAUAUAUACGGCGUUAGCGAUGGUAGCGAUGUCAACGACGAAGAGGUAUACAAUGCUUUUAAUCAACUAAACUUGCAAAAUAGAGGCACGUCCCAGAGGAGAGAUUUGGACAGACCGUGGAGACAACCCACACAGGAUCAUCCACCUCCGCCUCAACCACGGACAAGAGAUUUUGGUAGACAAUGGAGACAAUCCUCACAAGACAAUUCAUCCCAGGGCAAACAGGAACCGAGAGAUCUAAGCGGUUCGUGGAGACGACCCGUACAGGAAGAUACAUCUCCGCCUCAACCACCACAGAGAGAUUUCGGUAACCAAUGGAGACAACGUGUAAAAGACAAUCUAUCCCGGGGAUAUAAACAGCAACCGAGAGAUUUAGGUGGUGUAUGGAGACGAUCAGGACAGGAAGAUACGACUCAGGGGGCUGAACCCCAAGAGGAAACUACUGCCGGACCAUCGCAAAAUACAGGUGACGAGCAGCCACAGCCACAGCCUACUUCGAGGUUGAUUCAGCAUGGGCGGUCGACUCCGGGGUAUCCUCGUUGGCGUCGCACCCAGGAUGAGAUUAAUGAAAUGGGUCGGAUAGAACGGGGGGGGAAUUCAAAUCGUCAGCCUACUAUUGCAGUUCCGAUUACCUUGAGGCCGCGUAUGCAAAGAGUAGAAGAAGAGACCAAGAACAGAAUACAGGCGCGUGGCAAAUGGUGGAUGCAGUCAUUCGAAACCACAAGUCGCUACUAUGUUAGGGACCCGGCCGAGAGGCAGCCGGUGUCGCAAGGUGAAGAACACGAACCUUAUGACCUCAUGAUAGUCCUUAGAGAUGCCCAUAAACUACAAGAACCGGAGGAUUUUGUGGAUGCCGUAUUGCGCGAGCUGUCAAAUGUGGGAGAGUAUUCACGGGAUAGAGGUGCCGUCGACAAUCCGGCCACCGCGCAGAAAACUGUUAGACGACUGCACACGAACACAACGGGCUGGGCAUUCCUAGAGGAUUUUGACCUUAUUAUGGCAGAAUUAAAUAAACUCCAAAUGGAAUUAGAAGCUUCCAACCGGGGUAACGCGGCUGAUCGCUUAUUCACAUCGAUAGCUGAGGCGUAUGAUUGGAAUGUCGACGAGCUUAGGAAGACAGGGUUCCACCAAGAGAUUAUGACUUAUGUAGGGUCUACGAUGAUGGGACGACUGCGGUUCAUGAGAGAUCAUUAUCGCAAGGCGAGAGGUUCCGACAGGACCGGUCCAGACUUUUUAGACGAAACGAGUCUAACCCUUUCAACGCGAUAUUUCAGCGCUGCCGUCCAUUCGGCAUCUUUGUCUGAUGACGUUCGAGCGGUUGAAUGGUUUAGUAAUUGGGCAGUACAUUUUCCUGGCCGCCACAAUAGAGAGCUUCCCACCAUUCAGUUACAUACUGAUACAAUAAUCGGCCUUUUCGAGACUGUUUAUACAAUCAAAUACGAAAAUGCGGUUAGAUUACUCGCCGAUGCAGGAUUCGCCGAAGAUGUAGACGUAAUCGACAGCUUCUUGUCCUACAAGAGUACUGUAGAGUCUACAGAGCCGGGGAGGCGUGAAGAAAUUGCUGAUCUUCAAAGAGAAUACUUUAGACCGUAUGUAAGACGGUUGGAUGAUCUUCUCACCAAAUAUCCACAGACCAAUGGUGUACUUUGGCAAAAAUACCGAACACAACCGACCAACGUUUACGAUGCACGCAACCGGCUCGUACGGCAUAUGGAUACUAUGAGGGCCCCUACAUAUAUUGGCAUAGGCCGAUGGUGUAGGCAUGUACCACCACCAGGGAUAAACGAAGUUACAAAUGAAGGGAAAAACAUGUUGAUGGAAUUGUGGACAAAAGGCUGGUAUUGCCUCGAUCAUCGCCCAUGGAUCAGGUGUACUUCUUGCGGCUGGAAGUAUUCAUGUGCCAUAUGUACAAACCCGCAUUCCUGUCCUCAUUGUAAAACAGGCUUUAGUUGUAAUUGGAAAGGAUGUGGAACGAAAUCUGAUGAUCGCCCAGAUGAGACGACAGCCCAACCUACGUAUCAAAUAUCUAUGACUACAAACCCAGAGGGCUAUCAACAACACGGUAGGCGAAUUACGCCAAAGCUUCGACCUCUCGAAGAUUUGGAUCGCCCGCCACAGUACCGGCAGUUUUUCCCAAAGGGAGUACAUGAUAUACCACAAGACGGCCCAAUCUAUGCUAAGAAUAUAUCUAAGAAAUUUCACGCCCCAAAGUUCUUUCAUCCUGGUGGAUGGGACCGGAGGGGCAGAUACCCAGUCAGAAUGUACGUAAUAAAGAGCACCACUGCCUCUUCUAUAUCCCUCUCAAGAGUUAAGACUCCUUACCUUAGUUGGAGUAAUUAAGGAGUCAUGGUCUUUGAGAUCUCUUCCCGAACCCACCCCCUACUUAUACAAGUGGGUACUAACUUAUACGAUUGCGAUAGUCAUGAGUUCUACGACUCGGAUCUUGGUGCUGAGGGAAUCAAAUUCAUUCAGCCAUGGGAAGUCCCUAACCAACCUGGAGAGGUAUCUCUAGGUCCUGGAACAGUCCCUCGGCGUCUUGAAGAUGUCCCUCGACCUACUGGGGGUGGUGGGGCCAGUAUGGCUCUGGCUGAGCGGGACAUAUCAGACAAGGGAGGAAAGCGCAAGAGGGAGGACGACGACGAGGGCCUUCUGGGAGAUUUGCUCUCCGCGUUGCACACGGCGAGGAAGGCGAAGCGUUGAAAGGCUUCGAGGUAUUGUUUUGUUACUUCUCCUGCCAUGUAUUGAGUACAGUCCACAUUUCUUGCUACGAACUAGCUGUAGUAAUACAUAUUCUUGACUUGCGU